GGCAAAGCAAAACUGCAUAAACAAAAGCGCUUGAGCACGCGAGCGAUGCCUUGGUGCGGUCGCUGCAACGCCAUCGAUGCGAUGCGUGUGCUUUUGCUUGUUGCAGUGUCUGCAGUGUGCAGCGCAUUGCGCUACUCUGCAGUGCUGCCAUCACCCAACCCGAGAGCACCCGUAAACAAUGACGCACGCGGCCGCAUUCGCCGCCGGAUCGGUCGCAUUGACAAAAGUGAGCUGGGCGGCCGCGUGUUCUUUAAGCCGGGCGACGACGCCCCACCACGCAAAGAGUGGCAUCGCGUGCUGCGCGGCCCGCUCUCGGUACGGAUCGUUGCGGCUGACCUACCGUCGUAUGCGACACGUGCCGGCGUGCUCCCAAGCGUGCCCGACGCGACAAACCUAGCCGACGCCAUCCUCGAGCACACCGAGUGGAGCGCUGCGCUCGACGCGUGGUCCGCGUUCGGCAACGCUGUCACGGCGCCGUUGCCCGCCCAUGUCAGAUGCAAGCGACACACGACGGCGGUCUGGGCGCCCGCGGGCAUCUCGCCGCCGCUGCGGCGCGCUCUAGCCCUUCGCCUGCCGGAGGCGCUGACGCCCGAGCCGCGGCGGGAAAGAGCGGCCGUCGAGAUUCAGGUCACGCUGCACGAAGAAGGCGUCCUGGUCGAGCUCCUGGCGCUGAAGCAGCGCAUGGAUCGGGACUUGCCCUGCCCGGGGUUUCGGCGCCUCGAGAGCUACGUCGUGGCGCAAGCCGCACGAAUAAAGCCGGGCGACGUGGUCUUAGAUCCCUUCUGCGGCAAAGCGACCUUCCUUGCCGAGGCUCAGCUCUGCUGGCCGGGGGCCUCGGUGAUCGGCGUCGACUCGGACCCGGCACAACUUGACGCGGCGGCGAACAACCUCGGUAGUAACGCGACGUUACUGCACGGCUCGGCGACGGCGCUGCCCUUGGAAGAUGGCAGCGUCGACGCCGUCGUGAGUUGUCCGCCCUUCGACCGGCAAUAUACGGCUCAAGACGGCCUCGACGCGCUCUACGCGAAAUCGUUUUCCGAGAUGCGGCGCGUGCUCCGACCGACGGGCCGCGCUUCGCUACUGCUUGACGAGAAAUCGCUCGAGAUCGCGCAAAGGCACUGGCCAGGUCUCUGCGUCUUGGGAACGAUGCCCCUGGGCCCGUGGGUGCGCACCGUCCUCUGCGCGUGGCCCGACGGCGACGCGUGGGAGACGUGGGACCGUAAAGCGUGG